GACUUUACAGAUAUACAAUAAUUGUUUUGAAAAAGAUUUCAAGUAUUAAUUCUUCAAUAAACGGGCGUAUUUGCCAGCUAACAAGUGUAACCAAGAACAGCCUAAAGCUAGAUCAUGGAAGUCUCUUGUGGCUCUCAUAACAAAUUUCAGUCCUUGUGUGUGACAGUCCAGCUGAGUUUGUAAUGAGCUUUCCUGUGCCACGGUUUCUCAACUGGUGGAAGAAAGACUUCUUUUUAACUAUACAUCUAACACACAUGAUGUGUUUACUACAGCUCAAGUUGAUCGAAGUGAAUGCACGAGCUUCAAGGCAUCACCAGGCAAUCUACUCGGGGUGCUUUGAGAACGGACGCAUGGACUAUGUGAGUCUGUCCGCGGGUCACGACAUUCGGCACGCCCCGCCCGUCCCGACUGGAAAACACGGCAUCAUGUACCUGGUCAAGUUCCAGGAACUGGAGAGGGCCGGCAAUCUGAUGGACUUUGGCCAGAUUGACAAGCUGAGGACCGACCCAGACGUGCAUUUCAUCCUGACUGCUGGGCCUGAUGAAGAAGUGACUGAUUUCUUCGGCAGCACAGGCGCCCACUUCUGUAUCGUCCUGGCAUUCGGAAACACAAGGACGGCCGUGAUCAGGAAACUGGCGGACGUUUUGCAUCUAACUGUCAAGAAACCGGAGAAGCUGACAUAUCCAAUAUCUUAAGUGAUGCAAACUAGGCUGAGAUAUGAAAAGA